AGCAAUAACUUCAAUCGAAGGUUUGGGAGUAGUAUGAUUCAUCUUUCAAGCUUCACCUUUAAUUUCAGCGACAUAGAAGAUGGCAGCACAGCCUCACUUUCCUGGCAGUUUCUUCAUGUUUCUCAGCUUCCAAAGUGAUCCAAUUAUGCCAACAAGAGAGAGAAUUAAAAAAUAAACAACAACAGAAGGAACCACGAAAUAGAAAGCUGCCUACUAUCAGUUGGGUAACCCUUCACUUCGCAUCCACUACAUCAUCUAACUUCUGUUUUUCAGAUGAAAUGUCCAAGUUGGCGGUUACUGCUUCCAUUAUCAACAAAAAAAAAAGGAUUAAAAGAGAUUAUCUUUAACAGCCAGUGAAACUUUAUAAGUUAAAGUUGCCACUAAUUCAUGGUUUCCACACGAUCUUAAACAAUGACCACCGAAAGCCAUCUGAGAUCGAGAUCUCAAGUACAGAAUCGGCUCACAAAAGCCAUCUUUGAGAUCGAGAUCUCAGGUACACAAUCGGCUCAGGGACUUGUCUGAGUAAAAGAUGUGACUAGAUUACCCAAUUUGUCAAGGGAGUACUUGAAGAGAAUUGGUCGAAAUGGAACACAGCGGGUUGCUUUUCAAGGCUGGAAAACGUGGAGGAAGGACAACAAGUUAUGAAAGGUUGGAGAAAGGAACUUCAUCCACAUUGGUUAGAGAAGAACGCACUCUCCUAUACUGACAGAAAACUAAGAUGUUUCACAACAAACACAAUUAAACGACAUUGACUAAGAAAGGGAAUUUUGUGCAACACUUCAAUUUAUAGCAAGAGGCGUCUUCAUUUUGUCGCCGCCAUGUUGCCGUCAGAAAGAUUAUUCGAGAAGUUUAUUAUUCGAAAAAUUAUUCAUGUAUGUUCCGCCUUCCCAGGAGACUUUUCGUCCCAGGUUCGUUUCGCCUGGAAGUUCUUUCGCUUCUUCUUCCGUACAUUCCUGCAGAAUAGGGAGCAAAGAGCACAAGACCGAUAAUUCAUUUACAAGGUUCUUGCUCAUAUUUGAAAUGGCAAAUGUCUCUGCGAUUCCUGAAAUCCUGUCAAACGUGCAGGAUAGUUCAGGCCAGAUCCCACCUGCAAAUGGUGCAGGUUUUAACCGGAGUUAUAGAGACAGGAAAGAAGAUCAUAAAAAGAUCAAGAUAGAAGUAUUUGCACAGACUAUAAGAAUUAGAGAAUUUAUAUUAGGCUGAAAACAGAGCGGCAGGAAUAUAAAUCGAAGUGAUUUGAACAAUAGGAUAUCAUUGAGUUUUUAAUUUUAGUUUUUAUAAAAAUUAAUUUUAUAACGUAACGUAAAAUAGCAUAAUAACUUCAUUUAAGCGUCGAUGUCUUUAGCUUAGAGAGCCAAUUUGGGACACUAAAAUAAUAGGAAACUUAUAAAAUGAGUUUAUACAUGGUAUCAUUCGGUAAAUUUAUAGUUCACUAGAAUCUAACAUUUUUAAAGAAAAUUAAAAUUUACAAAUUAAAAAUUACCUUAUUAUCUCACCUUAAAAUAUU